AGAAAGAACUGUAAACACCCAAAAUGUCCUCUGUUUUUUCUGCCUAGUGUAUGAUAUAUUAGGGAUAUAUGCAUCAAUCUACUAGAGUGUUGCUUGGAAUUUUCUAAAUCCAAAUUUGUCUGGUUGAUAUUUCAACUUUCCAAGCCAGCAGACUUUUCCUGUUCCAAGUCUUUAUACUGCACAUUGGAGUUCAUUCAACUCCAGAGUAUUCUGCUGAGCAUAAUCAACAAAGUCCAUCAUUUGCCAUGGAAAUUCUUCAAAAGGGCAGAGUCCAUGUCCCCAUAUGUUGUCUGCUUGUUUUUCUCCUCCAAUUCUCAAACCUUCACUUUCUCUCUUUCGCUGAUGAUUACUACAUCAAUUGUGGCUCGGAUGCUAAUGUGAACCUCACUACCGGCCAGAAUUUCGUUGGAGACUCGAAUUCUGGUUCCUCUUUUUCCAAAAGCGACGCCAUCACAUACAUGAACCAGUUGCCAGCUUCAGUAUCACCUCUCUACCAGACAGCCAGAGCUUCCAGUGAUCCGUUCUACUAUGAGUUCAAGAUCACUAUUGGUACUUAUCUGGUACGCCUACAUUUCUUGGCUUUUUCUUCCACCUCAAGUAAUCUGUCCUCAGCUGUUUUUGAUGUUUUGGAUUCUACAAAGUUCACACUGUUGAACAAUUUCACUGCCAAGAAUAGUACUAGUUCUCCUUUGAUAAAGGAGUUCUUUAUCAGAAUUGAUAGUACUGACUCAUUUAGACUGUAUUUUACACCCCGGACAUCAUCUUUGGCAUUUGUAAAUGCCAUUGAAUUCUUAGCCAUCCCUUCAGAUUUCACCAACUUCAUUCCUGAGAAUUACACCAGUAAUUUCCCUUUACAGACAAUUUACAGAGUGAAUGUUGGGGGCCCUUCACAAAAUGAUACAUUGUGGAGAAGCUGGGAAACGGAUGACACUUACCUGCCUGAUCCAAACUCUGCUAAGGAUAGCAACAAAGGUACCCUCAAUAGGAAUUACGUCGGAGAAAUUGAUGGUUUGGUUGCAUCUAAUGCGUCUGUUGCCCCGGAUUGGGUUUACCAGACUGCUAAAGUGAUGAAUAUCACUGCUAGCAGGCCAGCCAAUUCCUCCAACAUAACUUGGUCUUUUAGAGUGAGUGGGAAUGCUAGACACAUUGUGCGGGCUCACUUCUGUGACAUUAUUGAUCAGCCCUAUAAUGUUGUAUUUAACUUGUAUUCCAAUGGCAACUUGCGCAAGGAGAUUGGUAGCAGCAAUAACACGAUUUCUGGACUUUCGGCCCUUCCUUUCUACUAUGAUUUUAUGGUGAGUCCGAGUGAGUCUGAACUCAUUAGCAUCACCAUAAGACCUAACGUGGAAGAUGCUACAGUUCAGAAUGCAUUUCUAAAUGGGCUAGAAGUAUUGGAGAUAAUGGAGGGUGUAGCUUCAAUUCCUAAUGUGAAAGAGUCCAAGAAGAAUAUGGUGGCUCUUGUUGUUGGUUCAGUUCUUGGAGGCUUGUCACUCAUCUGCGUUUUAGUAGCUGGAUUUGUGUUCUGUUCGAGACACAGAAAGGCAGAAAAGCGAGUUGAAAUUGCAGAUUGGUCACCAAUGCUUGAAAAUGGAGGGAGCUCCUACAGCAGAGGGACUGAAAGAACCAUCACUGGAUCGCCUAUGAAUCUAAUGAAUCUUGGGUUGAAGAUAUCUUUUGCUGAAAUUCAGUCUGCAACAAACAAGUUUGACACCAAAUUGAUGAUAGGUAAGGGUGGCUUCGGGAACGUUUAUAGAGGGACUCUAUAUAAUGGCACAAAAGUGGCUGUAAAGCGAGCUUAUAAGCGAGAUGAGCAUGGGUCAGGAUCAGGCCAAGGCCGUCCAGAAUUUCAAACAGAGAUUAUGGUGUUGUCCAAGAUUCGCCACCGCCAUCUUGUGUCCUUAAUUGGUUACUGUGAUGAAAGGUCUGAGAUGAUACUAGUCUAUGAGUUCAUGGAAAAGGGGACCUUGAGAGACCAUUUGUAUGAUUCGAACUUGCCUCGCUUGACAUGGAAGCAAAGACUUGAAAUUUGUACUGGAGCAGCAAGGGGUCUUCAUUAUCUCCACACAGGUGCAGCUGGGGGAAUCAUUCACCGAGAUGUCAAGUCCACCAACAUAUUGCUUGAUGAAAACCAUGUCGCCAAAGUUGCUGACUUUGGGCUUUCAAGAUCUGGACCUCUUGAUGAAACCCAUGUCAGCACAAAUGUCAAAGGCACUUUUGGUUACCUUGAUCCUGAGUACAUGAUGUCUCAACAACUGACAGAAAAAUCUGAUGUUUACUCAUUUGGUGUAGUUCUUCUUGAGGUGUUAUGUGGAAGACCUGCUAUUGAUCCAACACUUCCAAGAGAGCAAAUGAAUUUAGCUGAAUGGGGAAUGCUGUGCAAGAAAAAAGGGUUGCUUGAACAGAUUGUUGAUUUUCCAUUAAAAAAUCAGAUUAAUCCUAGCUCACUGAGAAAGUUCGGUGAUACGGUUGAGAAGUGUUUGCAAGAAGAUGCUUCUGUUAGGCCAACAAUGGCCGAUGUGCUGUGGGAUUUGGAGUAUGCAUUACAGCUUCAGCAAACAACAAAGCUUAAAGAGGCUCAUGAGGACAGCACAACAAUUGAUGGUUCAUCAGCAGCAUAUCGUUUGCCAGUUGUUCAACGCUUUCCUUCACUUGGUUCAACCAUAAAUGGAGAUGAUAUGAGAGACGACGAAUUGGACACAACAGAAAACGAAAUUUUCUCCCAAUUGAAAAUUGGUGAUGCCAUAUUAGAAAAAUCAACCAUGGAACAUGUUCAUAUCCCAUUGCUCUCUCUGCUUGUUUUUCUCCUCAACCUGUCAUCCCUUCACUUUCUCUCUUUAGCCGAUGAUUAUUACAUCAACUGUGGCUCACAUGAUAAUGCGAGCCUCAAUACUACUGGCCAGAAUUUCUCCGGGGAAUCGAAGUCUGGUUACUCUUUCUCCAAAAGCAAGGCUGUUGUCAAAGACAUCAACCAGUUGCUAGAUAUAGCACCUCUAUAUAAGACAGCAAGAGGUUUCAGUAAAGCAUUCUACUACCAGUUCAACAUCACUCAAAAUGGUACUUAUCUGGUAAGCCUACAUUUCUUAGCUUUCUCCUCCUCCUCCUCCUCCUCAAAUAAUCUCUCCACAGCUGUUUUCGGUGUCUUGGAUUCUAAGAAUUUCACGCUGUUGAACAAUUUCACUGCCAAGAACAGUACCAACUACCCUGUGAUAAAGGAAUUCUUUGUCCGAAUUGAUAUUACCGACUCAUUUAGACUAUAUUUUAUUCCUCAACCAUCAUCUUUUGCAUUUGUAAAUGCCAUUGAAUUAUUCCUUGCCCCUUCAGAUUUCAUCCCUGAGAACAAUAUCAGUAAUCUCCCUUUACACACAAUUUACCGACUGAACGUUGGAGGCUCACCAUGGAAUGACACAAAAGGGAGAAACUGGGAAACAGAUGAUAGUCAUCUUUCUGAUCCAAACUCUGCAAAGAAUGCCACUCCUAAAAGUGAACUUAAUCUAAAUUACUUGCCAGGACCAGUUGAUGGUCUAUUCCUAUCCAACUAUACUUUUGCCCCAAUUCAGGUUUACGAGACUGCUAAACAUAUGAGUAACAGUAGUAGCAGGCCAGCCAUAUCCUCCAACGUAACAUGGUUUUUUAGUGUGAGUAGGAAAGCUAGACACAUUGUCCGGGCUCACUUCUGUGACAUUAUUGGUCAGCCUGGUGAGAUUAUAUUUAACUUGUAUUCAAAUGGCAACCUCCGCAAGGAGAUCAGCAACAUUUCUCAAUAUCCGGCUGUUCCUUUCUACUAUGACUUUCUGGUGAAUUCUAGUGAGUCUGAACUCAUUAACAUCACCGUAAAACCUAAGAGUGAAUCUGCAGAUGCUUUUCUAAAUGGUUUGGAAAUAUUGGAGAUAGUGGAGGGAUUAGCUCCAAUUCCUACUGUGAGAGACUCCAAGAAGAAUAUUGUGGCUCCCGUGGUUGGUUCAGUUCUUGGAGGCCUGUCACUCAUAUGCGUUUUAAUAGUUGGAUUUGUGUUCGGUUUCAGACACAGAAAGGCGAAAAAACGUGUGGAAACUUCAGUUUGGUCACCAAUGCCUGCAAAUGGAGGAGGGAGUUCUCACAGCUCCGCUCUCAAUCUUAAUUACCUUGGGUUGAAGAUAUCUUUUAAUGAAAUUCAGUCUGCAACAAACAACUUUGACACAAAUUUGGUGAUAGGUAAGGGUGGCUUUGGGAAUGUUUAUAGAGGGACUCUCUUGAAUGGUACAAAAGUGGCUGUGAAGCGAGCUUAUAAGCGAGAUGAGCAUGGAUCAGGUUCAGGCCAAGGUCUCCCAGAAUUCGAAACAGAAAUCAUAGUGUUGUCGAAAAUCCGCCACCGCCAUCUUGUCUCCUUAAUUGGUUAUUGUAAUGAAAGGUCUGAGAUGAUACUAGUGUAUGAGUUCAUGGAAAAAGGGACGUUGAGAGAUCAUUUGUAUGAUUCGGAUGUGCCUCGCUUGUCAUGGAAGCAAAGACUUGAAAUUUGUACUGGUGCAGCAAGGGGUCUUCAUUAUCUCCACACAGGUGCAGCUGGGGGAAUCAUUCACCGUGAUGUCAAGUCCACCAACAUAUUGCUUGAUGAAAACCAUGUAGCCAAAGUUGCAGAUUUUGGCCUUUCGAGAUCUGGAGCUCUCGAUGAAACGCAUGUCAGCACCAAUGUUAAAGGCACUUUUGGUUAUCUUGAUCCUGAGUACAUGAUGUCUGAACAGUUGACAGAAAAAUCUGAUGUUUACUCAUUUGGUGUAGUUCUACUUGAAGUGUUGUGUGCAAGACCAGCUAUUGAUCCAACGCUUCCAAGAGAGCAAAUGAACUUGGCUGAAUGGGGAAUGCUUUGCCAGAAAAGAGGGCUGCUUGAAGAGAUUGUUGAUUCUCCACUAAAGGGUCAGAUUGAUCCUAACUCACUGCGUAAGUUUGGUGAGACGGUUGAGAAGUGUUUGCAAGAAGAUGCUUGUGAUAGGCCAACAAUGGCGGAUGUUCUGUGGGAUUUGGAGUAUGCAUUACAGCUUCAGCAAACAACAAAGCUUAAAGAGGCUCAUGAGGACAGCACAAACAUUGAUGCUUCAUCAGCAGCAUUCUCUUUGCCAAAUGUUCAGCGUUUUCCUUCACUUGGUUCGACGAGGAAUGGAGAUGAUAUCAGGGAAGCUGACUUGGAGACGACAGAAAGUGAAAUUUUCUCUCAAUUGAAAAUUGGUGAUGCCAGAUAAAUAUGAACUUUGUCAGCUUAUGAAGUCCAAGAAAAGUAUUUCGUCAAUUGUGGAUCAGAUGCUACUGUGGACCUCAAUGGUCGGAAUUUCACUGGGGAUUUGAAGCCUGAUUCCUUCUCUUUCUCAAAGGAAAGUGAGACUAUCAAAGGCACCA